CAUUUCUCCCGGACCGGACAUAACGGUCGGCGUGCGGCUCCCCGGGCCGGAAGUGAACGCUACUUGCUGCAGAGAGUGCCCGGCUUUGCUCAGCGGCCGGCACCUCUGCCGCCGCUGCCGCCCUCGGCCGCUGCCGGACUUAACGCGGUCGCCAUGUCCGCCAGCGCCGUCUACGUGCUGGACCUGAAGGGCAAGGUGCUCAUCUGCCGGAACUACCGCGGAGACGUGGACAUGUCGGAGGUGGAGCACUUCAUGCCCAUCCUGAUGGAGAAGGAAGAAGAGGGCGUGCUGUCGCCCAUCCUGGCCCAUGGGGGCGUCCGCUUCAUGUGGAUCAAGCAUAACAACCUGUAUCUGGUUGCCACCUCCAAGAAGAACGCGAGCGUGUCCCUGGUGUUCUCUUUCCUCUAUAAGGUGGUGCAGGUGUUCUCCGAGUACUUCAAAGAGCUGGAGGAGGAGAGCAUCCGCGACAAUUUUGUCAUCAUCUACGAGCUGCUAGACGAGCUCAUGGACUUCGGCUUCCCGCAGACCACGGACAGCAAGAUCCUGCAGGAGUACAUCACCCAGGAGGGCCACAAGCUGGAAACGGGGGCCCCGAGGCCCCCCGCCACUGUCACCAACGCAGUGUCCUGGCGGUCCGAGGGCAUCAAGUACCGGAAGAACGAGGUGUUCUUAGACGUCAUCGAGUCCGUCAACCUCUUGGUCAGUGCCAAUGGCAACGUCCUGCGCAGCGAGAUCGUGGGCUCCAUCAAGAUGCGGGUCUUCCUGUCGGGCAUGCCCGAGCUGCGCCUGGGCCUCAAUGACAAGGUCCUCUUCGACAACACAGGCCGGUCAGGUGGCAAAAGCAAGUCUGUGGAGCUGGAGGACGUGAAGUUCCACCAGUGCGUGCGGCUGUCCCGCUUUGAGAAUGACCGCACCAUCUCCUUCAUCCCGCCUGACGGCGAGUUUGAGCUCAUGUCCUACCGCCUCAACACCCAUGUCAAGCCCUUGAUAUGGAUUGAGUCUGUGAUUGAAAAGCACUCCCACAGUCGCAUUGAGUAUAUGAUCAAGGCCAAAAGCCAGUUCAAGCGGCGGUCGACGGCCAACAAUGUGGAGAUCCACAUCCCCGUGCCCAAUGAUGCGGACUCGCCCAAGUUCAAGACGACUGUCGGGAGCGUCAAGUGGGUUCCCGAGAACAGUGAGAUCGUGUGGUCCAUCAAGUCCUUCCCGGGUGGCAAAGAGUACCUGAUGCGGGCCCGCUUUGGCUUGCCCAGCGUGGAGGCAGAGGACAAGGAAGGCAAGCCCCCAAUCAGCGUCAAGUUUGAGAUUCCCUACUUCACGACCUCCGGCAUCCAGGUGCGCUACCUGAAGAUCAUUGAAAAGAGCGGCUACCAGGCCCUGCCCUGGGUCCGGUACAUCACCCAGAACGGAGAUUACCAGCUCCGGACCCAAUGAGGGGCCGCGGCAGACACCCCCGGCCCCAGAGCACCAGGAGGAAGCGCCUGCCAAGCCUGCUGGAGGAGGAGGGGCUCCCUGGACGUGGGCCACCCCCUCUAGCCUGAGGACCCUCCUUCCCGCGCACCUGCCUCUGCCGUCCCUUCUCCCAGAAGAGGCUCAUCUUAGAGUCUCGUCUCUUUGCCCCUGAACAGCAGGCGGGAGGAAGUGAAGCGUUUCCCUCCGGUGGGAUACAGCCUGCUGUGCUGCCAACUCCCAGGCAGCACACAGAUAGGCCCCUGGCGGCACGCUGCAUCUGGCCGGGCCAGCGGGGCCGCUGUUCUAUUGAAGGUCAUGGGUUAUGAGUGUUCUGGGAUUUUGUUUUGUUCUUCAUUGCUGUUUACGUGAACCUCACUG